AUGUUAUCUUCGUUGGGGUAUUCCAAACCACCAGCCACCAAUCGACGCAAGUCCGCAUCCGAUGCCUUGGAUAUGAGCAAGGGUGUCAAGUCUCGCACGUUAUCGUUGGGGGGAAGCUACAACUAUCGAACUCGCGUCAAGGCCGAUCAAGAACCCUUUAGCGUCAAUCUCAAGGUGUUUGAUCGACAAAUUCAAACUCUCCGGGAAGUUUGUAGAGAUGAUGUGGAUCAGAUCUUUCAGGAACAAGUGUGGGGCGCCAUUCGCGGGGAGUUGCAAAAGAUCCACGAUUCUCAUUCGAAGCAUCAACCGUAUCAGCAGCCUCUGUUGGACGAGACCACCGUCACCAGGCGUGUCCGGGAUGCGGACUAUAUUCGAAAGUUGGAGAGGACGAUUCGCUCCUUGCUGCUGCCGUUGAAUGCUCUGGCUUGGGCCGAAAAGUUACAGGUCCAUCCUGAUGUCAUCUUGACAGAAUUCCUCUAUGCCGCUGCCUCUGGGAUUGUGGAAAUGUGGUGGGGACCGGAAUGCAAUGGCUGCGGGGGCGCCACGGUCAAAGAAAGUUCCUUGCAAGAUAUUGCCAUGGAACAAACCUGCCAAAACUGCGGCUGGCUCAAUCAGACCAAAACACUCGAUGAAAUAAAAGUGCAGUUUGUGCUUCACGAAGAUAUCCUCUAUUUGCCCAAUCUACUAUUUGAUUUCCCGGAUCAGACAGAUGCACCCAAAAUGUCCAAAUUCUGUUUUGGACUCUAUGCUCCACCGACUACCAAUGGUACCAAGUGGGCUUAUGAUUUUGGAUUGGAGGAGGAGGAGGAGGAGGAAGCAAAAGAAGAAAAGGAGGAUCCCAUUCACAUGCCAUCCAAACCUGCUCUCCAACCAGGGCGAUAUCGCUUUCAUUGCUCCUAUUCCCGAGUCAACGCCGACAUUGUCGUGGAACGACAAGCCACAACACAUGAUGAAACCAUUGAAUUCAAUUUUAUCGCCACAGAACAGACUUGUCCAGCCCGAUACGGAUUGCCUCGAACGGUAUCCUAUUUAGAACACGGCAAAGUCUCUCUCCAGCUUUUGGCCGAUGUGGCCAGUGUCAUGAACCCCUUGGUGUUUUACAACUUGACCCAAGAGGACGAAACCAUCUUUUUCCACAAAGACAAUGCUCCCUACAUCACUGCCACUCAAUGUCUCCAUCUGGCAUGUUUUGGACGACUAUUUGGAAAACAAGUCGUCUGCGAUGCCUGCCAAUUUGUCAUUCAGCGAGUCACUCUGGUCUUUACCGAUGUGGUCUCGUCCACCCAACUAUAUUCUGAUGCGGGAGAUGGACUAGCCUUGAACUGUGUCAAGGAACACUUUCAAGUGUUGUUCCAAGCAUUCACAAAGCGAGGACGAAUCGUCAAGACCAUUGGAGAUGCCGUCAUGGGGGCGUUUACGUCACCCAAAGCAGCCUUGUUGGCUACAGCACAAGCCCUGGACGAGAUGCAGCACGUCAAGAGGCCUUGUGGUGGCAUUCUACAAAUUCGAAUUGGAGUGCAUUCGGGGCCGGCUCUCAUGGUCUCCCUCAAUGGGACCAAUGACUAUUUUGGUUCCACUGUCAAUAUUGCGGCUCGUGUGGAAAGCCAAGCACACGGUGGAGAAGUGUUGGUCUCACAAGCAGUCUUGGAAGACCCUAUGGCCAACGAAUUGUUUGAAGAAUUGGCCGAGGAAGGUAGGUUUACGCGACAAGUUUCCUUGGAGCUCAAAGGGGUCGAUGGCCUGGUGAUCGCCAUGGGUUUUGGUCCCAAGAGAGAUUCAGAAUCAAGUUCCUCGACUAGCAGCACUGCUAGUAUGAGCAGUCAUGUCGUGGAGAAUGGUAAUGAAGACACGGCAACGGUCAUGCUUAAAUCACGGGGAGUUGGAGGGUCCAGAAAAGAAGCUAUGCAGCAAGCAUCGAAGCAGCUGCAGCCAGCAAAGGCCAAAUCAUCAAGAAAGCAGAUAGGCGGAUUGUCACAACGAAGGUCUGAGAAAGAAAAUGGCGAGGUUUGGGUGUAG